UAUGUUUGUGAUUGUAUUGUUGUGAGCAUUAUCAAUUUCGAAAAAUUCGAUUGUCCUUUAUCCAUUGUUUAAUGGUUGAAUUCUGAAAUUUCUUCUUCUUUUUUUGUUGCCAAUUCUGAAUCAGUAAUCAACAACCGAAUUUAAUUUUUUUUCCGCACAUUGAAUCAUCAAUAAAAUCGAUAACGAAUUAAAAAAAAACAAUGCCAUCGGUAAAUUAUGCCCGUUUGAAGACCAAUCUUUCAUUGGCCAUACAGCGUUUGAAAUUAUUGGAAAAGAAAACUGAAUCGGCACAAAAAUCACGUAAAGAGAUUGCCGAUUACAUUGAAAAUGGUAAAGUUGAACGAGCUAAAAUCCGUGUAGAACACAUUAUACGUGAAGAUUAUCUUGUUGAAGCAAUGGAAAUUGUUGAAAUGUUUUGCGAUCUUUUGUUGGCUCGAUUUGGUAUGAUACAGCAAAUGCCCACUUUAGACGAUGGUCUUGAAGAAGCAAUUUCAUCAUUAAUUUGGGUUGCUCCACGAAUGUCAACCGAUGUUAAAGAAUUAUCAAUCAUUGCCGAUUUAUUCACACAAAAAUAUGGCAAACAAUUUGCUCAGGCAGCCAAAGAAAAUCAACUUAAAUCGGUCAAUGAAAAAUUGAUGCUCAAAUUAGGUGUACAAGCUCCGCCAAAAAUUUUGGUAGAAAAAUAUUUGAUUGAAAUUGCCAAAAUGUUGGGCGUGAAUUAUGAACCUGAUGAAGAAGUAUUGAUGGAAGAUAAGAAAUACAACCAAGGAAAUGAUAAUAAUAAACCAGAUUCCUCGAGUGGAAGUGGUGGUUCAGCACAGCGACCACCACCAGGAUCAAUGUCAGGAUUGUUGAUUGAUUUGGCUCCAACUGCACCUACAAGUAAUGAGCCACCACCAUUACCUGAUAUGCCUCCAUCCGGACCUUAUGGUGAUCUUACAUCCGAAGCUAGUUUUCUUAAAAAACAAUUAAGUGAUGGACGGCCACCAGAAAUUGGUUUUGUUGAUUUGCCACCACAACCAUUGGAUCCUGGAACAAGUGUACCUCCAUCAUAUGAUUCUGUGGUAGCUCAUCAAUCAAGUAAAUCAGUGCCGACACCAAUUGGACAACCACCGCCCGAAGCACCUCCUACAUCGGCAUCAGCAAAACCAGAAAUUGAUUUAGAUAAUUUACCAGCAGUGCCUAAUCUACCAGAUAUUCCAACAGAUUUAGAUGAUUUUGGUAUGAAUAAUAAAUCCACUCAUGGUGGAUCAUCAGCCAAUAAACGAAAUGAUGGUAGCGGUACUGGUGGUGGCCAAGAUGAUGUUGAUUUUGAUGAUCUUCGUCGUCGUUUUGAAGAUUUAAAAAAACGUAAUAAUUAACGUUCUUUGGAGAUCAUGUAUCAUGUCACUUUCCGUUUUGUUUUUAUUUUUCACAAUAUUAUAUACCAACUUAAAUACUAUAUAUACUAACUAA